AAAAUUACAUAGAGGCAACGUGGGACUGGUGGAAUGUAUUGAAAUGAAACUUAUCUUCAACGAAGAAACAGAGACAGAGAAAUGGUGGUUGCGCAACUUUUUCCUUCUUCGAAUGUGUUCCUCAUCCACUCACAGUCACAGAGACGCAUUCUCUCUUUCUCCGCCAAUCAAGCACAUGACACAACCGCAACCAAUAACGCCGAUAACGGUAACGAUUCUCCCUUCUCAAGUUUCGGAAGACUCAAAGCCCACAAAGUCAAGACUCUGCUACACAGAAGCAAGGAGCAAAGACGCGGCGUUCAAGUUCAAGAUGAAGAUGUUGCCCCUAGACGUUCACGAGGAGGAUGGGAUACCAUUCCCAAGUUUCCCCCACAAACCAAAUCCCCCACUGACACCAACUUUUUCAGUCUCAAAUCCUUUAAACAAAUAGGCUGCACCGAUUAUAUCAUUCAAUCCCUUCAAAAACUCUCCUUCACGCGCCCUUCCCAUGUACAGGCCAUGGCAUUUGCACCUGUUUUUAGAGGAAAGACUUGUGUCAUUGCUGAUCAAAGUGGUUCUGGAAAGACAUUGGCUUAUCUUGCGCCAAUCAUUCAGCGUCUUAGACAAGAAGAACUUGAUGGGCGUAGUAAAUCCUCUUCACAAGCUCCUAGAGUCCUUGUUUUGGCACCCACUGCUGAGUUAGCUUCUCAGGUCUUGGAUAAUUGUCGAUCCUUGUCAAAAUCUGGGGUUCCAUUCAAAUCUAUGGUUGUUACAGGAGGUUUUCGACAGAGAACUCAACUGGAAAAUCUACAGCAGGGAGUUGAUGUCUUAAUAGCUACACCUGGCCGUUUUUUGUUCCUCAUAAAUGAAGGCUUCUUGCAGUUAACAAAUCUAAGAUGUGCUGUGUUGGAUGAGGUAGAUAUACUCUUUGGGGAUGAGGACUUCGAAGUGGCUCUUCAAUGCUUGAUCAAUUCUUCACCCGUUGACACACAGUAUUUAUUUGUGACUGCAACUUUACCAAAAAAUAUUUAUAGCAAAUUGGUCGAAGUUUUUCCAGAUUGUGAAAUGAUUAUGGGGCCUGGUAUGCACCGAAUAAGUUCUCGCCUUGAAGAGAUUGUAGUAGAUUGCAGUGGAGAAGAUGGACAAGAAAAAACUCCUGAUACAGCAUUUUUGAACAAGAAAGAUGCACUUUUGCAACUUGUGGAGGAAAAUCCUGUCCCAAGAACCAUUGUGUUCUGCAACAAAAUUGAAACAUGCAGAAAAGUUGAAAAUUCGUUAAGGCGGUUUGAUAGAAAAGGAAAUCGCGUGCAAGUUCUACCCUUCCAUGCUGCCAUGACACAAGAAUCACGACUUGCUAGUAUGGAAGAGUUUACUAGUCCUCCAUCAAAAGGAGUCUCCCAGAUUAUGAUUUGCACGGACAGAGCAUCACGGGGAAUAGACUUUGCUGGAGUGGAUCAUGUCAUGCUCUUUGACUUCCCACGUGAUCCAAGUGAAUAUGUACGGCGUGUUGGAAGAACAGCCAGAGGUGCCAAGGGAGUGGGCAAGGCAUUUAUCUUUGUGGUUGGAAAGCAAGUAUCCCUUGCACGCAAAAUAAUGGAAAGAAAUCGAAAGGGUCAUCCACUACAUGAUGUGCCUUCCGCUUAUUAGUUGAUGAAGUAGAAAGUUGGAGAAUGGAGAGGUUGCUCUCAAUUUUUUUGCUUUAACAUGGCUAGGAGAGGUUGCAGCUGCUUAACCACCUUUCUCAUCCCAAACUACCAACUUAUUCAAAACAACUUCAGCGUCCAUAGUUGGCAUGUUAGUAACAUAAGUAGGCAGAAGGUGGUUUGCAACACUUGUAGCAGAUAUCUCCGCUUUAUAAUAUGAAAUGAAAUAUUCAUUUUUUACUUA